CCAAGAAGACUCGCUGGGAUAUAGUCAUGAAAGAUUUGGACUAUGAUACAAAAAAUCGAGUCAGUAGGAAGAGGAAAGAUUCAGAAUCAGAUUCUGAUGCUAGAUCAUCAAGGAAAGGAUCACCUCCUGUAAUGUAUGUGUCUGGAAAAAAGUCAAAAGUUAUAUGACUAUGGAUUGUUACCUAGGAAGGAAUGGGAGUUUAAAAUUCCAAAGAAAUCCACAAAUGCCAAAGAUGACAAAAAAUCCUCAGGUAAAUUGUCCUCCAAGAAAAGAGAGGAAUCCAAAUUGUCAAAAUCACCAUCCAUUUACAAUGGAAAAGAAAAUGGUCAUAAAUCUAAUACAGAGGCAGGAAGAGAUUCCAACAAAAAAUCAGAGAAAGAGAAACAUUCAUCUGGAAAAUCUAGUUACAUUGGAGAGAAAGAAACAUUUAGAUUAUUUGGAAAAGAAGAAAACAAAGACAGUAAAGGAUUCAAAGAAAAGGGAAAGCCUUGUAAAUCUACUGUUGUACAUACAACUGUUCCACUGUCUAAAGAUGUUGGUUCCAUAAUGCAAAUGAUACGGAACAAUGUGUUAAACAAGGACAAUAAAAAAAAUAUAGAUGACUUCACUGACUAUUCUCCCUCAGAUUCUCUGACUGAUAACCAAUCUGAGGUGGCUAGUGGAUCUACUGAAGACACAGCAAAAGAUUUAAUGGACAUCAUGGAUGGCAAAGUUCCACUGGAGAUUAUUGAUGAAGUUGGAACUGAUACAGACUCAAUGUUAGACAAUUCUUCAUUCAAUAUAUCCAAUGAUUAUGCCAAAGAUUUGAACUGUGCCAUACCGGGAGUCUAUGGCUCUAAAACAAAACAUUUGUCAGGUGAUGUACACAAAUCUAUUACAAAAGUUGAUGUAACAAACAUCACUGACACUCACAAUGAUAGGAAAAAAGACAGUCCAUUAAUUUAUCAAUUAGAAAAUACUCAUAUGAGGGAUUUGAAUGAUAAUUUAGUGACAAGUGCAGGACAAAAUUUAAAUGCCAGUACAUUACCAGAAAAAUCAACAAACAGCAACUUAAAUAGUUUUCCUGUAAGUACUUCAGCAACGAAAAGACCUGUUUGUGUUAUAGACCCUCUAGAUGAUCUAGAUUUCUUUGUACCAAGUGUAGACAGAAAGGUUGAAGAGGUUAACAAUGGGAAACAGAUGAGAAUCUCUGUGAAGAAUGACUGUCCACUGAAUAAAACUGUUAUUGGAUAUUCACUAGUGGAACUUAUUAGGACUUGUCUCCAUGGAAAACAAGAGGAUAUGAGAAUUGUUACCCUUCAAGAAUCCAUAGUCCAAAGAUCUGUUAGUCUAACAUUACACAAGCUGAACAUUGCAGCAACUUUGGAGAGAACAGUUGAUAAGAAGGAUGCUGCUCCAAUGAUUGAAAUAGAACCAUCUACAGAUGUUAAGGAGAAAGAAGAGAUAAUUCCUGGUUUGGGAGACUUGCAUAUUCUUGAGGAGGCCAUUCAUACCUCUUUUAAUGAGGAAGACAGUGAUAAUGAUGAAGUUAAAACAAAAACAACUGAAGUGUUGAAAUGUGAUCAAGGUGUUGUAAAUGAGGCCAAGAACUCAUUACAAAGUGCAAAGAAAGAUGACACUGUUAAGAAUAUAGAAAUUUCUCCCAUCAGAGGACCAGUGUCCAAAAAAACAGUCCCUGAACCCAAAAGGACAUAUAAGGAGCAAUCAAAGGAGAAUAGCAACAGAGGACCAAUCAGAUCCACUGUUUCUAAAGGUCAUCGUCAAGAUAGACAACAUCAUCCAUAUUCCAGGAAAGAAAAACAUUACAAGUGUGGAUGGUCCUUUGACAUUAGCUACACCCUUCAAGAUAUAAUGGAGAACCUGACAACCAGUUCAUACAAAGAACGCAAGAAUAUGUCAACACCAAACAGCCGCAGACCAAGAUUUUCUAAUUACAGAUUUCGUCGUUCUGAAGUUCCAGAAUUCCUACCAGAUGAGAGGGAAGACAAUUACUUAACAGAAGCAGCCAUACCGGAUUUUGGUGAGCGUAAGAAGAAAGCAGAAAUGUUAGACAAUAUGAGUACUGUUGGUGGUGAAGAUGAACCCUUCUCUGUAGAACAGACCAUGUAUGACAGGGAGACUGAACCUCCUAGGGAACCUCAUAGAGAACAUCAGAGGGAAGAUUCUAGGGUUUUAACAAUAAGAAAAUUAGCUGAAAGUUUGAAAGUCAAUUGA